AUGGCCGACCUUAACACGCUACUCCGCUGGGCGAUCGAGAACUCGGACAAGGACAAGCUGCACGAUGAGGCCGCGCAUGCCAAGGACGGCGGCAUGCAGCUGAAGUACAAGCCCGCCGCGCCGGGACAGGAGCCGUCCAAGCACAACGCGACGCUGCACAAGGACGACCAGGGCGUGUCGCCUGCGUCUACGCCGGGACCCGCUACGCCGAAGGAGGAGAAGUCCGAGCUGACGACGGACAUUAUCGACCUCAUUCUCGGCAAGCCGGACAGCGCGACCAUGAAGGAGAAGAUGGAGUACGCGACGAAUCCGGAGAACGACACCGAGUCGCGCGUCGAGGCGCUCGACGACUUUGAGAUGCUGAUCGAGAUGAUCGACAACGCCAACAACAUGACGGCGCUCAAGCUCUGGGAGCCGCUGUUCUCGCUGCUGCAGUCUGACUCGCCCGAGAUUGUCCGCCACGCGCUCUGGAUUAUCGGUACCGCCGUGCAGAACAACCUCAAGGCGCAGGCGUCUUUCUUCUUCCAGGACGGGUUCAACAAGGUGCUCGACGCGAUUGAGAAGAACGCCUCGGCACCCGCGACGCGGCAGAAGGGCGCUUACGCCCUCUCCAACGCGCUCAAGUACUGGCCUUUGGCCUCCAUGUGGCUCUCGGCUAACAACAACCGGGGCUACGACGCGCUCAAGGCGGGUGUCACUGACUCGGCCCCGCCCGUGAGGAGGAAGUACGCCUUCCUCGUCGGCAACCUCGUCAUGCAGGCUGGCACUAAGUACGAGGGCGACAUGGCGCUCCCGGACGAUGUCAAGGCGCAGCUCGUCGACAAGAUCACCGCCCAGGGCGGCAAGGACGGCGAUCUCCUCAAGGGCCUUGAGGACAAUGGCGUCUCCAGCGCACUCAUCGAGGGAAUGAAGAUGCCCGACGACAAUGAUGUCGAGUUUGAGGAGAAUGCCAUUCGUGCGCUUGCGAAUGCGGCUGAGAAGGGCGGACUCUCCGCCCAGGAGAAGACGGAAGCCAAGUCCAUCUGGAACAAGUGGGACCAGGAAGGACAGAAGGAGCGCGGGUUUGAGGGAGCGGACGCCCAGCAGGUUACCAAGGCCCUGUCGUAG